UUGGCGCAGGUGAUCCGUCUCAGGAUGCGAGAGGAGAGCGGAGGAGAGGGGAAGAGAGGGGAAAGCGCCGAUGGAAAAGUGUCCAGGGCUCGGUUAACAAGAAAACAGGAUACCGGCCCGCUUCAGUUCGUCCUGGGACACUCGGCGAUGAGAGAUUAACCGAAAGGGGCACUUUGAGAUAUGAUGAGGUUUAUUUCUGGCCGGCAAUAGUACUAUGAUUUGGUAUGUGGCCACUUUGAUAGCAAGUGUAUUCAGCACCCGAGGAACGGCCGCUCAAGGUGCCCACGGAGUGCGAGAGGAGCCCCAAUUUGUGACGGCCCGCGCGGGAGAGAACGUCAUCCUGGGAUGCGACGUGUCCCACCCCCUGAACGGCCAGCCCUACGUGGUGGAGUGGUUCAAGUAUGGAAUGCCCAUCCCCUUCUUCAUCAACUUUCGCUUCUACCCUCCUCACGUGGACCCGGAGUACGCCGGCCGGGCCAGUCUUCACGGGAAGUCCUCCCUGCGGAUAGAGAACGUGCGCUCAGACGACCAGGGCUGGUAUGAGUGUAAGGUGCUGAUGCUGGAGCAGCAGUAUGACACCUUCCACAACGGCAGCUGGGUGCAUCUGACCGUCAACGCUCCCCCCACGUUCACCGAUACGCCACCUCAGUAUGUAGAGGCCAAGGAGGGGGGCAGCAUCACUUUGACCUGCACGGCCUUCGGCAACCCCAAGCCCUCGGUCAGCUGGCUGCGGGAAGGCAGCCUCUUGGUCAGCAGUGCCAAGUAUAAGGUGUCUGAUGGGAGUCUGACGGUGCUAUCCAUCACCAGGGAGGACCGUGGGGCCUACACGUGUCGAGCCUUCAGCCCCCAGGGAGAGGUCAUUCACACCACGCGGCUGCUAGUGCAAGGCCCUCCCUUCAUUAUAUCGCCACCAGAGAACAUCACAGUGAACAUCUCGCAGGACGCCUUCUUCACCUGCCAUGCGGAGGCCUACCCCCGCAACCUGACCUACACCUGGUUCUGGGAGGAGGACAACGUCUUCUUCAAGAAUGACCUAAAGCGCAGAGUCAGUAUUCUCAUUGACGGUUCCCUCAUCAUUGCCCAAGUCAAGCCGGAGGAUGAUGGCAAAUACACCUGUGCUCCCAGCAACAGCCUGGGCCAACCACCGACUGCCUCUGCCUACCUAACAGUGCAAUAUCCUGCCCGUGUUGUAAACAUGCCAUCCGUCAUCUACGUGGCCAUCAGUCUGCCCGGCUUCAUCCGCUGUCCCGUAGAUGCCAAUCCCCCCGUAACUUUGGUUAAGUGGAAGAAAGAUGGCCUCCCUCUCCGAAUCGAUAGGUACCCUGGUUGGAGCCAAAUGGACGAUGGGAGCAUCCGUGUGGCAGAGGUGACGGAGGACUCUCUCGGCACCUAUACCUGCAUGCCUUACAACGCCCUGGGUUCCAUGGGAUGGUCCCCUCCCGCUCCCCUGGUGCUAAAGGACCCUCCCAAAUUCUCAGUGGUUCCUGGAGGGGAGUACAGGCAGGAGGCUGGGAGAGAAUUGGUCAUCCCCUGUGAGGCGGAGGGAGACCCCUUUCCCAACAUCACAUGGAGGAAGGUAGGGAAGCCCAGCAAAAGCAAGCACAAUGUUCUGCCCCGAGGCAGCCUACAGUUCAAGUCACUCACAAAGGAGGACCACGGGGAGUGGGAGUGUGUCGCCACCAACGUUGCCACAAGCAUCACUGCCAGCACGCACGUCCAAGUCAUAGGCACAAGCCCCCACGCCCCCACCAGCAUCCACGUGGCGGCGCCCUCUACCUGGGCCAAUGUGUCCUGGGAGGUGGGCUACGACGGAGGCUUCCAGCAGACAUUCUCAGUCUGGUAUGGCCAUGUGCUGAAGAGGGAGCGUUUAGGUCCACACGACUGGCUUUCCAUACCCGUGCCUGGAGGCCACGACUGGAUGGUGGUGCCCGGCUUGGAGCCAGAGACAACAUACCAAUUCAGCAUCUUAGCCCAAAACAAGCUUGGCACAGGCCCUUUCAGCGAGGUUGUCACUGUGAACACACCAGUAUUUCCUAUAAGUACCCCUGAACCAUUGGUGCUGCUUACCCCACCACGGUGCCUCACAGCCAAUCGCACGCAGCAGGGAGUCCUGCUCACCUGGAUCCCGCCUGCCAAUCAUACAGCACCUAUCCAGCAUUACGUCAUGGAGUUUCGCCUCGGGGAGCGAUGGGAGGUCUUGGACGACAGCAUUCCUGCUGGGGAGACGGACUUGCUCGCCCGAGACCUGAUCCAGGAGGCGUGGUACGAGUUCCGCGUCAUGGCCGUCAUGGACAACACCAUGAGCGAGCCCAGCAACAUAGUAGGAGUGUCCAGCACAGACUUCUUCCCUCCUCCGGAGAUGGUGGAGGAACGUGGACUGGCGCGGCCUGUGGUGGCUGGCAUCGUGGCCACCAUCUGUUUCCUGGCAGCAGCUGUCCUGUUCAGUACGAUGGCGGCCUGCUUCGUCAACAAGCAGCGCAGGAGGAAGCUUAAGAGGAAAAGAGACCCCCCACUCUCCAUAACCCACUGCAGAAAAAGCAUGGAAACACCGAGCCCACUUAGCCUCAUUCCCAGCAUUGAACCCUACUGGGAGGGGCUGGACGCAGGCAGGUACAAGCCCCGACCCUCCAGUCCUCAGUCAUCGUCAGGAAAGGUGAGCCCAGAGAGCAUUCGUUCAAAGGCAUCCCUGUCAGAAUCAUCUGAAGAUAGUCAUGACCAGCGUGGGAAACCACCCCAAAGUCCGGGGAAGAGGGAGGAGUUGUCUUUAUACAAGAAGACCAAAAGAGCAAUAACAAGCAAGAAAUACGGCAUCUCUAAGCAUGAAGCUGAAGCAACAACACCAAUUGAACUCAUCUGCCGAGGCCCAGAUGGACGCUUUGUCAUAGAUCCCACUGACCCAGAAAUGUCUGUUAAGCCCCGACGAAUUGAGGGCUUCCCCUUUGUGGAAGAAUCAGACCUCUAUCCUGAAUUCCGUCAGUCAGACGAAGAGAAUGACGAUCCCAGGCCUCUGCCCCCAAUUAUGGCACCACUCCGGGCUCACCAGAUUUCUCCGAUCUCCAGUCAGGAAUCCUACCUGCAACCUCCAGCCUACAGCCCUCGUUUCCAGAGGCCCUUCGAAGGUAUGACCAUCAUGGAGAGCAGUCGGCUCCAGGCCACUGGGCAGAUCCGAGGUUCUCUCCACCACAGAGCUUUCUAUGGCUACCUAGGCCACCCUGGGGAUCAUGAUCCCCCACCUCCUUUUUACAUGCCUGAUACUAGCCCUCUCAGCUCAGUCAUGUCCUCCCCUCCAUACCUUGCUGAAGGUCCUUUCAGUCACCCCAUGAUUCCUGAAGAAAUGGGGGAGGGUGAUUUCCCACAAUAUGCUGUCCCUGGUUUCCCACUUCCUCUGACACUCACCUCUUCCUCUCGUUCCCCGGAGAUUUGGCAGGGACUGGAUUUCACCUUUGCAAGUCUGGAGGGGCCCCAGUUUAUUUUUCCGCCCCAUCACCCUUUGCAUCUCCGCCACGACUCACCCUAUCCUCCUCCACCUCAUGUUCUUCCCCUAAGUGCUUUCCAGCCCUCCUCCCUUCCAAUGCCUACUUACCCAGCUGUCCUGCCACUGCAGGCCCCAAAGAGCCGCUCAAGCAAGUCUCCCAGCAAGGCCAGGCCUCGUGGCUCCCCAGCCAAGCAUUUUGCUAUGCAAGAGGCACAUUUAGGGCAGCUAAGACACACAAGCCACGGUAUGGGUGUGCCGGUUUUGCCUUACACCGAUCCAAUGGCCCAUAUUAUCCCUAGCCAAUUCAGUAGCUUGGACACACGAUGGUUUGAAACCACCCCUCGUUUCAGUCCCAGACAGGCUCGUAGGAUGGAUUCUGGCAUGCAUCAGGUGGUUCUCCAGCCCUCCCGACUCUCACCCCUCACCCAAAGCCCCCUUAGUUCUCACGAGGGCUCCCCAGAGAUUGUAGUACGUCCCAGGCCACGUCCCAGCAUUGUCCAACCUCACAUACCCCCAGAGAUGUCUGAGAUUACCCUCCUCCCUCCUUCCACAGCCAGCUUCUCAAGGAGAUCUACCCCCUCCUCCUCACCUGCCCAAGGCCAGGGUAGCAGGAGAGCAAGUCCCAGCUACCGUUCCCACAUGGCCUUUGCCACCUCUGCAACCAGCUACCCAGCUUCCCAGUCCCCGUCACCCCCCAUGGAAAGCAGCAACCUAUUUGGGCAGAUGCCAUCUCAGAGGAGGACUGAGGAGGGGAUCCUUCCAUCUGAGCCCUCUCCACCCCAGUUGUCAGCUUCAGGAAAACGUCGAGGUGCGCCGAGUGCCCUGUCGGGGUCUGAGAGGAUUGAUGCACUGAGAUACCAACGUAUUAAAAAGGCCAAGAAGAUGAUGAUGAACAACAAUAACUCCAAGUCCAGAAAGAAAGCAGGUGUCACCACCUCUCAGACCCAGCAGGCCUACACCUCUCAGGUACUCCAGCCCGAAGAAGCUCUCUACCUCCACAAGAAGAAGAAGCGGCCCAUCCUCCACGACCCAUACACUCGCUUUUCCGCUCUACUGUACCGCCGCCCACCUCGGGAGGACCAGAAGGCUAUUCUGGCCAGCAUGGACAACAUAGACCUGGACCACGCAACGCUCCUCUGAAAGCCCCUUGAGGACAAGGUCACAAUCAUGCAAUAUGCCCUCAUUCCAAAAGUAACACUAGCAACAUACCAGAUGGUAAAAACAAACAAGAUGUUUGCAAUGCAUUGUCUAUAAACGGAGGGAGCAUUACAUUUCAGCAUUCACAUUUAGUACAUUCAAUAGCUACGGGCCUUGGUCUGUUCAAUCCGCACUAGCAAGCGUUCUGCCAUGUUCCAUCUGUGAUGACGGCAAAUCAAGAACCCACAAAAAAAGAACAGAUUAAUGGUUGUUUCUGAAAUGCUGCUCCCAGCUUACUGAGAGUAACACAGCAGACACAGCUCUGAAAGAAGUUCUGAUCGUUUGUACUACUACUGAUUGGGAUGUCAAAAUGCACAAAGAUCUGUGUGCUAAAAUCCAGUAGCAUUCCCUUUAAAAAAGAAAAUGUGUUUAGGCUAGACGAUAACAACCUAAACGACAGCUGCCACCAUUUUCCAAAGUUUUACUCCAGUGCAAAAAGCUGAAUUCAAAAAGAGGCGUUUUUCAAACCAACCCAAACCAGUUUCCCCUCG